UCCUAUAUUAAACCCCACCACGUGAACCAGUAACCACCCACCACAAGAUUUCCCAGGAAACCAAAAACCCUCUGUCGAACCACCCCAACAGCACGGAGUGUUGAAAAUGGCUACCACCCAAUUCAAACCCAACUCCUCCUCCACCUCUGACAUUUCGAGGUAUCUGAUUGUACGUCCGCAAAACGGUGGAAUCACAGACCUUGUUCGGUUCCUCGUAUCAACCGACAAAGCAAGCGCCGCUAAAUUCAUUGAGACCUCUGAUAGUGACACCUACGCGGCGGAGUUGUUGGGCGGCGGCGAUGACGGCGGUAUUACGCCGGACCACAGGUGGGUAAUCUUUGUGUCCAUUAUAGUGAGGAAGAUCAUAUCUGUGUUCGGUAAGCCUAUGGAGUGGAGUGGAUGCUUGUUCGAGUUCUUCCUUAAUUUCAUGUCCGACAACGGCGGCAUGCUGGGCUUACUCUGGAACCUCCUCCACGGAAAGGUAGUGAUGCCACACAGGGGCUCAGAGACUUUCAUAAGUGCAAUUGGGCAUUUAGAUGGACGCAUAGACCUAUACACGAACAACUCUUUAGUGGAAGGAAUUAGCGAGUCUGCUUUGGGAGGGAAGGGCUUACAAUCCGAAUCAGGAAACCGAGUUCUCAUGGACCUCUGUAUGAUGGCCUCCAAGUUAGCAUAUGAAAACGCCAAAGUUGUUAGCAAUGUCGUAAAUUAUCACUGGAAGAUGCAUUUUGUGGAUUUCUAUGACUGCUGGAAUGAUUACCAAAAGGAUAUGUCUACCCAAGUCUUCAUACUAUGUGACAAGCCAAAAGACGCAAACUUGAUCUUGAUCAGCUUCAGGGGCACAGAGCCAUUCGACGCUGAUGAUUGGAGUACUGAUUUUGACUACUCUUGGUAUGAAAUACCCAGGUUGGGAAAAGUCCACAUGGGAUUUUUAGAAGCCUUAGGGUUGGGAAACAGAGCCAAUGCUUCCACCUUUCAGAGCCUUCUUCAAGUGAAUGACACAAUAUUCACCUCUUCAAAUGCAAGCACUUCAGAAGGUUCCUUUACUGAAUCCAAAGCAGAAAAAAUUGGGCGGGACCACUCUUCUGAUGGGAAUAAACUCAUUCCUGAUAUGGUGGAGAUGACUGCAUACUAUGCAGUGAGAAGUAAACUCAAGAGCUUACUUAAUGAACACAAGACUGCGAAAUUCAUAGUCACCGGCCAUAGCUUGGGUGGGGCCCUUGCUAUACUGUUCCCAACGGUGCUGGUUCUGCAUGAGGAGAGGGAAAUCAUGCAAAGGUUGUUGGGUGUGUAUACAUAUGGACAACCACGUGUUGGGAACAGGCAGUUGGGGAGGUUCAUGGAAGACCAUUUAGAUCUUCCGGUCCCUAAGUACUUCAGGGUAGUCUACUGCAAUGAUCUUGUGCCAAGGUUGCCUUACGAUGACAAAACCUUCCUAUACAAGCAUUUUGGGGAGUGCCUCUACUAUAAUAGCCUCUACAUUGAGCAAAAAGUUGACGAGGAGCCAAACAGAAAUUAUUUUGGGAUCUUGUACCUGAUUCCAGAGUAUAUAAACGCUGUUUGGGAGUUAAUUAGAAGCUUGAUUAUGGGUUACACACAUGGACCGGAGUAUAAGGAAGGGUGGUUAUCGGUAGGUCUCAGGGUAGUUGGACUAGCAAUCCCUGGUAUUUCAGCACAUAGCCCCACAAACUAUGUCAACUCUGUAAGGCUUGGAAGAGACUGCGCCAUUCCGAUGGCAACUCUAUAGAAAGGCACGUCUUGCAAAUAAUGUUGGUCACAAUGCCACUUCAAGACACGGAUAGCAAAAUGUAGCCAUCUUAUGAGGUCACAAAGACAUUGCUUCUGCCUUCUGGUAUGUACCAUAUUGAGUUGUUUAGUUCCUUUUUGGGUGGUUCUGAUUCUAAUAAAGUUUUGUUGUUUUCUUGUGAUCGGCAAUGAAGUUUUGCUGUUGCCAUGUUAAUUUGGAUGGUCAAUACUACUGCAUGCAUCUGAAACAAUAAACAAUGUUUAGGUCCGUUGUUUUCUUUGCGGGGCAUGUAUUGUAAUGAAUUCUGUAGUUUCCCUAUCUAAAUAUUGGUAAACACUUAAACAGUAUGAAAAUAUCACGGUAUUUUUGGCCCAAUGUUGUUUCCUUAUUGCAUAAACCGACUUCCAAUACUGCUAUGUUUCUUGUCAUUCUUAGAGAACUAAUCGGAAAAAGUGGGCCAAGCAUGUAUCGAUUGGCUAAGCUGAAGUUAAGGUUCCCAAACAACUCACAAGUAGUGCAUACCUCUGUCAAAAAGAUGUGAUACACACUGGAAACGCCCUUAUAAAUUGUAAAUUGGGCUAUAUUUCUUUUUGAUCAGCAAUAAAUUGUGCUGUAUUCUAGAUGCCCUCCAAAGCUCUGGAAUCCAAAACAUAGAAUGUAAACAUCUAGAUCACUGCAAUCAUUUCCAUCAAAACCGUGGCACAUCUCUUGUGUAUAUUGCCCAAUUUCCUCUGUGUAUAUCUUUGCUAGAAACUUUGUACCAGACAGAUUUUGUAUGCAUGCCAUGGCUUUAGACCGUAUAAGGCCCCUGAAUUAUUCGAGAGUCCAAAUUUUUAAGCCUUGCCACUGACUCUACAUGUCCUCUCAAAGUGUGCGAUUCUCGUAGCC